UUUACCCUUUUUACUUGUCCGAAGGUAGAAUGACGCCUAGCCAAUGGAUGCUAUUGCAAGUGUGUCCACAGGUCCUUGGAGAAGUUCAUUGAGGAAACUCGGUUCCAUCCAGGACAGAUUUAUUCCUAGCGCUCUUCACAAAAAGAACUGGCAAAGCUUCAAGGAAUAUCGAGAAGUUCUCGAUGACUUGAGGUUCAAGAGUGCAGUAUCGUUUCCUAGAUGGGAUAAUCAAGCAAAAGUCCGGACAUACUUCAAGACACUCCGGAGAGGCCAUUAUAAUGAUCAAGCAAUCGAGAUGCUAUAUGCUUGGUCCUGUGGUCGUCUCCGUCCAAUGAUCACUAUAAUAGAAAACCUCAUUGGACGUGCCGAUGCAGGCCUUUGGAAGCAAGAAAUCAAGGGCCUAGUGUGGUCGCUCACUGAUCCAGGAUAUAAAGAAUCUGAGAACCCAUCUGGACCAGAUAUCGUCUUUGUACUAGAAUCGGAGGGUAAAUAUUAUCCUGAUUCCGUACAGUCAAAAUCGGCGAUAAGGUCAAGAAUUAAGGAUGCUUACAAUACAACUUGCCAUAAUUGCAUCAAAGAACACCUCUCAUCACCGUCUUCUCUCGGCUUUUGCUCGAAUGGCAUAUCCUUGUUGCUGUUGUUUAGGCCUUACUUAUCACGCUGCCUUAUCAUGUUGUCUUAUCACGAACAGGGUGAUUAUUCGCUAGCUAAAGUCAAAGAAGUUCCUACCAUCAAAGACAAACGAAUAGAAACGACGAGAAGUGAGCACACCAAGCGAAUUGCCGCAGCUGCAUCAUCGGAAUUUUCUCAAGCAAGUGGCAAGUUGUUUCUAUUGUCUAUUCCUAUCUUUCCACCCAUAAGUUUUGUGUUGAGGCCCGACAAGCCAUUCCAAGUCACAUCAGAGGAGCAUCCGAUCAAGCAAGCAUCAUUCAAGGAGAUGAUUGAUAAUGUUUACUGGAUCAUGCUUGAAGAGAAACCGAUCAAACCUCGGAGAAAAAAUGUUAAGGCAACACCUAGAUAUUUAAAACAUGCGGGACAAUGUGUCAUAAAAACUCGCAUCAAUACCGCAUAUGCAGGAGGACCGCCGAGGCUCGAGCAUGAAGAAAAGAGUCGAAUGUCAAUCAAGUGAAAGGAAUUUUGUCUUGUAAUGAAAAUACCAUAUCUAUUGAGUAUCCUUUACAAUCGUUCAUCCUUUAUGAACGAAGCCAUCACUAUCCACUUGCCCUUUUGACAAACGGAUGGCGCUUUUUAAUCGGUCCUACACACACACCCAAAUCACUAGCCUCAUUUUUACCAAUCAUCUCUUGUUUCCAUCAUCUGCAAUGCCAUCUAUUAUUCUAACAUUUUAUUAUUCUAACAUUUGAUCUACUCCACAAUUCUCGUUUCCAUCUCUCUGACCUUAUUAAGCACACUAUCUUAAUUAAAGUCUGGACUUUGAAAAAAAAAAAGACAUUUUCUGCGGCGAGAAUGGCAGAAAAAAAGAGCCUUUCCUG